AGACGCGGUCUUACUCCUCCACAUCGCGUAAAAUCAAUAUCCAUGGCCACAUUCACACAAGAUGACGUCGAUUACUUGAAAAGUCAUGGAAAUGAUGAAUGCGCUAAAACCUGGUUGGGCCUUUGGGACCCAAAGCGAGCCGGGCAUCAAGAUCAGCGCGAAUUGAUGAUUGACAAAUAUGAGCGAAAACGAUACUAUCUGGAGCCAGCUAGUCCGCUAAAAUCGUUGACGAAUUCAGUCACUCUUAAGACGGGUUUAAUGGCAGGAGUUGGAGCAGAAGUACCUACGACAUCUAGAGCAGUAGCGGCUGUGGCAGCAGGGGCGGCAUCUAAAAUAGCAUCAAAUGACAGCAGUUCAUAUAAGAACAAUAUUGAUGAUCAUAUUGACUUGGUGAAGGCGGGAAAUGGCUCCGGGAAAAAUGAGCAAAGCACUAGAAAUCAGUACCGUCAACAAAAUACAAAUGCAGAGCGAAGUUUCCAGCUGACGCCGCCUAGCACGCAGCGUACCACUAUGAAUGGCUUGCACAAGGUAGUUACUGGGGAAACGGGUUCAACAGGCGGCUCGGCAACAACAGUGACAGCAAUAAGUCGGCCGCAACAGCAACAUCAGCAAAAUGAUUAUAAUCAUCUUCAAAAUGCGUUUAUGCAACUAUGCAAUAACAACAAAAACAAUAACGUCAGUAACAGCAAUCGCAAUGAGUUGAAUGUUUUGCAUAUGACAACAAGUAGAAUGUCGGAGGGCAGCAGUGCGACGAGUAUGAACGGGUUUGGUGUGGACACCGAUUUCGUUGCAGAUUUUGGUUCCGCGAAUAUUUUCGAUGCCACAACGUCGAACAGCAGUAAAAUGAGUUCGCCACCAAAAAUGAAUAUAGGCGGCAGUACGAUAACUAGCAACGGGUAUGCUAAAAUAAAACCGCUGAAGAAACAGCAGCAGAAACAAAAACAUCAGCUGUUGAAAGGCCCUGGGCAAACGAAUGGAAACAUGUCUCAAAGUAAUUCCAUUGGCAAUGGCACUUCCGCGAAUUUUGCAGACUUUGAUCAUGCGCCCAUUUUCAAUGCGGGCGGUAAGUAGAAUGUGAUACAUACAUAUACAGUUAGGUGCAAAAUUGAGUCAAUAAUA